ACUCCGUCACAAGACCUUUUUGGAUACACCUUUCAAGAACCAUGAACUCCUUCACCGUGUUUUUGGCCUUCGUAUUGGUCACGGUGGCCGUUGCUGAACCCCAAUCCGGGUACAGCUACAACCGCCCCUCGGGCGGUGGGGGUGGUGGCUUCAGCUCUGGCGGUGGCAGCUUCAGCUCCGGCGGUGGUAGCUUCAGCUCCGGUGGCAGCAGCUUCGGCGGUGGUGGUGGUGGCUACCAGGCUGUUAGCCACGGUGCCCAGACGUCUGAGGGGCAGAAUGUCGAUCCACAGCUCCUUGAGCAAAUCCGACAGAUUUUGCUGAAGGAGGAGAGCCAGUCUGGUGGACACGGUGGCGGCGGCGGCGGUGGCUUCGGUGGUGGAGCCCCAUCAAGCCAAUAUGGAGUCCCGUCGCCACAGUACGGUGUGCCAUCCCACCAAUCCCGCGUUGUGGGUAUUGAUCUCGAGGGUGUCCGACAAGCCAUCCAGGUUGCGCAGUUCCUCCAGACGAGUCAACAAGCCAGCAGCGGUGGCUUCUCCGGCUACCCCUCGGGACCAGCAUCACGGCCCAGCAGUUCAUACGGUGCCCCCUUCUAAGGUACCCACUCCAUUCAUCCCCAUGGCUAUUACCAUCCCACCCAUAUCCUUUUGUCCUCGACAAAGACAUGGCACACAACCCGUGAGAAAUUCCCCAUUCCUCGACCAAAUAUACAACCACGCAAAGAUGAACAACCUCUGGCCACCAUUACGAAUCGGAUCCCAUUAACACGGAAGUCGAGAAAUUCAUACAAAUUUUUACAACAUGUUGAGUCUCCACACCAUCAAUGAGACUCAACAUCUCUUCUGGCACCAUGCCAUUUACCAUCUCGAGGCGACAUUUCACCUAUUCCCCCACAUCACUGCACAUGGGAAUCUCCUUCCCAGCUCACCCACUACUCUCUCUCUCUCAUGUGGGUGCGCACAGGGGAUGGAUUUUCCCACGCAAAAGUAGUGGAAUAUGCGACAAUGCUCGCGGAUGCCAGAAGAUCAUCACUUAGGAAAAAUCGGAGAAGGAGUUGGAGAUGUAUUCAAGAAGAAGAAAAAAGAAACCUCUCCGUAAAUCUCCUUUCUCUUUGUACAUAAAAAUCAUUACAUUUUUUUAUGUAGUAGUUAAGUGUUUUUACCUAUUUUUAUAUAAUUAUAUUACAGAAAACUUAUUUUUAUACAAAUGCUGAGAAAAAAAAAUUAAAAAUUUUGUCACCGUU